CUGCCGGGAGUGGAACGGUGGGGCUGGGCGAUAAACAGGCUGUGGCUAGGAGUAGGGGGAGGGGGCGUUCGCUCUGCCGGGACUUCUCACGCCCCCUUAUUGCUUUAGGUGUGGUUUGGUGCGGACGCGGGGUCCCGGCAGCCAGCUGGAGCCUAUUCCCUUGUGAAAGGGGAAAGCAGCUCCCGCGGAAAGCGGUUAAAGUUGCAGAGAGGGUACGAGACGUGGAUUGUUCCCAUGCCAGCCCAGUGGUGCGGCGCUGAGCUGGUCCCGGAGCCUGCCCGACGUGUCUGAGAAAGGCCUCGGAGGGGGCGGGAAGGUGGCCGUCGGAACGCAGUUUUUGUGAAGAGACGGGAAGAUUCGACUCGGAGAAGAGAAGAGCCGGAUUGAAAGGGAGUGAGGCCGCUGAGGGGGAGGGGGCUGCCAAGAUGGCGUCGGCCUCUGGGCCGUCGGCGGCCGGGUUUUCAUCCAUGGAUCCCGGGGUUCCUUCCUGCACCUCGUCCUCAGGUUUCCACUUUCUGUGCUGUGGGGUCAGGAGUAAGAGAGCUUCUGGAAACAAGCGAGCCAUGGCAUCUGAGGUGCCUUAUGCCCCUGGCAUGUCCAUCAAGAAAAUAGGCCACAGAGGUGUUGAUUCCUCAGGAGAGACGACAUAUAAAAAGACAACCUCAUCAGCCUUGAAAGGUGCCAUUCAGUUAGGCAUUACUCACACUGUGGGGAGCCUGAGUACCAAACCAGAGCGGGAUGUCCUCAUGCAAGACUUUUACGUGGUGGAGAGUAUCUUCUUCCCCAGUGAAGGGAGUAACCUGACCCCUGCUCAUCACUACAAUGACUUUCGGUUCAAGACCUACGCACCUGUUGCUUUCCGCUACUUUCGAGAAUUAUUUGGUAUCCGGCCUGAUGAUUACUUGUAUUCCCUCUGCAGUGAGCCGCUGAUUGAACUGUGCAACUCUGGGGCCAGUGGUUCCCUCUUCUACGUGUCCAGCGAUGACGAAUUCAUCAUUAAAACAGUCCAGCAUAAAGAGGCGGAGUUUCUGCAGAAGCUGCUUCCAGGAUACUACAUGAACCUCAACCAGAACCCUCGGACUUUGCUGCCUAAAUUCUAUGGACUGUACUGUGUGCAGGCAGGUGGUAAGAAUAUUCGAAUUGUGGUAAUGAAUAACCUCUUACCACGGUCCGUCAAGAUGCAUAUCAAAUACGACCUCAAGGGCUCAACCUACAAACGGCGGGCUUCCCAAAAAGAGCGAGAGAAGCCUCUCCCCACCCUUAAAGACCUGGACUUCUUACAGGACAUCCCUGAUGGUCUCUUUUUGGAUGCUGAUAUGUACAAUGCUCUCUGUAAGACCCUGCAGCGUGACUGUUUGGUGCUGCAGAGUUUCAAGAUAAUGGACUAUAGCCUCCUGAUGUCAAUCCAUAACAUAGAUCACGCACAACGAGAACCCUCAGGCCAUGAAACACUAUACUCAAUUGAUACUCGCAAACCAGCUCCCCAAAAGGCGCUCUAUUCCACAGCCAUGGAAUCUAUCCAGGGCGAGGCUCGGCGAGGCGGCACCAUGGAGACUGAAGACAAUAUGGGUGGCAUCCCUGCCCGGAAUAGUAAAGGGGAAAGGCUGCUGCUUUAUAUCGGGAUCAUUGACAUUCUGCAGUCUUACAGGUUUGUUAAGAAAUUGGAGCACUCGUGGAAAGCACUGGUACAUGAUGGGGACACCGUAUCGGUGCAUCGCCCAGGCUUCUACGCUGAACGGUUCCAGCGCUUCAUGUGCAACACAGUGUUCAAGAAGAUCCCCUUGAAGCCCUCUCCUUCCAAAAAGUUUCGGUCUGGCUCAUCUUUCUCUCGGCGAGGAGGCCCCAGCGGCAACUCCUGCAUUACUUACCAGCCAUCGGUCUCUGGGGAACACAAGGCACAAGUGACAACAAAGGCGGAAGUGGAGCCAGGCGUCCACUUCGGUCGUCCUGAUGUUUUACCUCAGACUCCACCUUUGGAGAAAAUCAGUGAGGUCUCGACUAUUCCUGACCCCUGCUUUUCACCUGUAGUUGGAGAGACUUUGCAAAUGUUAUCUACAAGUGCAACCCUCUUGGAAAAGCUUGAAAUUGAAGAGUCAGAGUUCACCCAUUGAGCAGAAAACCUCAGAAGACCUGGAACAAGAUUCUGUCUCUCUGAUCUCAAGAUGUCAGCCAUU